GCAUUGAGGAAUGUGUUAUAGUGAGUGCUGAUAUAAAAUGGACAGUCGUCGGUCUGGAAUGUAGUCUGUGGUGGUCCAGUGUCUAGUGGUCAGAGAAUUUGUUAGGCCGUCUCUUCUCUACCGCAGUCUAUCCCCCUCCCUCCCCCCACCCCUGUGUGUGUGUCAGACCAGUGUAGUAUGAAUGAAGGUCAGUGGGGCUCCGUCGGCAGCCGCCCCUCCCCCACCGGGGUUGUGUACUGAGUUGAGGCCGUCGGUCCAGGAAACCGCCACAUAGCCACAGCACUAGGCACAAACUGAGCUGCACAAACCGCAGCUUAAUUACUGGAAAGCCCAAAGAGUGUCUGACCUCCACCAUUAGCCUAAUUUAAAUUUAAUUGAAUUUUCUUGUCUAGACUAAUUAAGCUCCUACUGAAACCUGCAAUCUUUUAGCCACCUAGCUAGACUGGACAGACAGGAUUCACACCCUAUUCUGUGGAAAGAAAGGGGGAUGAAAAAGGGGGAGAGAAGUUAGAGGGUAAAGAGGUGGAGCGAAGAAGGGCAAAGGGGAGAGGUCUGGUAUUGGCUAUAGAGUUGUGCAGACUUAAGUCCGGUCAGGGCGUGUGAGGUGAAGUUUUACAAGCAUUUCGCUACACCUGCAAUAACAUCUGCUAAAUGUGACAAAUAAAAUGUAUUUUGAUGCCACUGAUCUGGAGCAUGUGGUUGAAUAACACUGACAUGCAUUAUCUUUUUAGCCUCAGUUGUGUGCAUUCAUUUUUGCGUGUGUGCGUCUCAGGCUUUUUGUGCGUAGCCCUCAUUUAGCACAAGGGCUUGUUGCGUGUCAGCUCAGCGCGUGUGUGUGUACGCACCUGUUUGUAUGUUUCAGUAGUAUGUCCCUCCCUCACGACACUUCCAUCCCCUCAGCUAUAAAGUCCCCAAGAAAGGGAAUGUAACUGAACUGAAUGAAAUACCGACCCAUAGCACUCACCCCCGUCAUCGUGUGGUGCUUUGAGAUGCUCGUCAAUGACCACAUCACCUCCUCCCUCCCUAACACACUCGACCCUCUUCAAUUCACCUACCGCCCCGACAGAUCCACGGACGACGCAAUCGCCAUUUCACUGCACACUACCCUCACCCACCUGGAGAAAAUGAAUGCAUAUGUGAGGACACUGUUCAUCGACUACAGCAUAGUGCCCUCUAAGCUCACCACAAAGCUCACGGCCCUGGGACUGAACUCCCUAUGCAACUGGGUCCUGGACUUCCUGACGUGCCAUCCCCAGAUGGUGAAUGUAGGCAACAUUAACUCCUCCACACUGAUCCUCAACACGGGGGCCCCACAAGGUUGCGUCCUAUGUCCCCUCCUGUACUUCCUGUAUACCCACAACUGCGUGGCCUCACACAGGUCGAACUCCAUCAUCAAUUUUGCUGACGACUCAACAGUAGUAGGCCUGAUUAUCAACAAUGACCAGACGGCCUAGUGGGAGGAGCUAGGCACUCUGACGGCUUGGUGCCAGGUAUACAACCUCUCGCUCAACGUCAGCAAAACAAAGGAGCUGAUUGUGGACGUCAGGAAGAACCAGGCUGGGCACAUCCCGAUCCUCAUCAAUGGCAGCCCUGCCAUGGAGACAGUCAAAAGUUUCAAGUUCAGGAGGCUGAAGAAAUUCGACCUGUCUCCGAGGGCCCUCAGUGUUCUACAGGCGCACCAUCAAGAGCAUACUGUUAAGCUGCAACACAAUUCCACCGCCGCUAACCGUAAGGUGCUACAGAAGGUGAAACGCUCAGCCGAAUGCACCAUUGGGGGCACAUCUUCAACACCAGGUGUCGCAGGAAGGCCAAGAAGAUCAUCAGGGACCCCAUUCACCCGAGCCACGAACUGUUCAUCCCACUUCCAUGACUCAGAUGCAGGCAGUACAGGAGCAUCAUGGCAAAAACGGAAAGACUGGCCAAUAACUUCUACCCCCAGACCAUCAGGCUGCUGAAUAGCCACCACUAGUCAGCUACCUAGUCCCUCCCACCCUCUACCCGGUUAUAUCGCCCUGCCUCUAAAACAACAUCCUGCUGUGUUUGUGUUCCCCCAACUACACAGCGAGGGGAACAGCACAUAAAGUGCUUCAGACAGGCUUCAGGGGGGAGCAGGGUCCUCCUGGGGGGCGUUUGUUGAGAUUCUUUGCUUUUAGCAGGUCCCUAUUCAGCCUGGCCAGUCUUUCAAGUUCACAGUCCUGGAGACCCUGGACCGCAUCAAGGAGGAGUUCCAGUUCCUCCAGGCUCAAUACCACAGCCUGAAACUGGAGUGUGAGAAGCUGGCCAGUGAGAAGACAGAGAUGCAGAGACACUACAUCAUGUACUAUGAGAUGUCCUAUGGGCUGAACAUAGAGAUGCACAAGCAGGCAGAGAUUGUGAAGCGUCUCAGUGCCAUCUGUGCUCAGAUCAUCCCCUUCCUAUCUCAGGAGCAUCAACAGCAGGUGGUCCAGGCAGUGGAGAGGGCCAAACAGGUCACUAUGGCCGAACUCAACGCCAUCAUUGGGCAGCAGCAGCUCCAGCACCUGUCUCACCACACCCCAGGUAUUCCCCUGACUCCCCACCCAUCAGGCCUCUCUCUGGGGGGAGGUUCAGGUCUGCUUGCCCUUACUGGAGCCAUGGGGGUCUCAGCCCACCUGGCCUCCAAGGAUGAACGCAACCACCUGGACCCUGAGCACCUAAGAGAGGCUGCGCCCAGCAGGAGUAAGUCUGUGUCGUCGACAGACAGCCAGCAAGUGGAGGAGCGCCAGGGCCCGUCGGGGGGGUACUCCUCCUCCCAGGGAGGGGGCGACGCUAAGAGGAGGCGCUGUGAUGAUAAGGAGCCCCUCCCACCUCACUACGACAGUGAUGGGGACAAGAGUGAGGAUAACCUGGUGGUUGAUGUCUCUAAUGAAGAACCCACGUCUCCCGCGGGCAGCCCCCCUCACUCCCCCCACGGGAACGGUCUGGACCGGGCGCCCACCCUGAGGAAGGAGUUACCAGGGUCCCCCAGGAGCCCGGGCGAGGUCCCAUCCUCCCCCCUACCAUGCAGCCCCACACCAGGCAAGGCCAAGGACCCAGCACAGGUGGAGAAGUCUGGGUCUUCGUUGUCUAAGUCGGGCACCCCGUCCCCGUCUCACCAUGAGGCUCUUACCCCCGGCCCCGCCGGCCCCAGUACGUCCUGCCUCCGCCUGGUCAGCAGGGUUGCCUCCUCCGCUGACCCCCUGGCUCUCCGCAGUCCUCUGUCUGUGCCCCCCAGUUUGUACCCUGCUCAAUUUGGGGGGGUGUCCCACGCAGGCAUCAAUGGGGAGCUAGCCAGUCCCGGGGGCUUCUCGCCCCAGAUCAGCGCUGCCGCCAGCGUCUACACCCGCAGCCCCUUGGCUCUCCAGGUGGCAUAUGAGUCUCGGUCCCACAUCAGGGCCCCAGGGCUGUCCUCCUCACUGCCUGGUGGAUCCUCUGGGGGAAAACCUGCCUACUCUUUCCAUGUAAGUGCGGAUGGACAGAUGCAGCCGGUGCCUUUCCCUCCGGACGCCCUGAUGGGCCCGGGCAUCCCUCGGCAUGCCCGGCAGAUCCACACUCUGAACCAUGGAGAGGUGGUGUGUGCCGUCACCAUCAGCACCUCCACACGCCACGUCUACACCGGCGGCAAGGGGUGUGUCAAGGUGUGGGACAUCAGCCAGCCUGGCAGCAAGAGUGCCAUGGCCCAGCUCGACUGUCUGAACAGGGAUAACUACAUCCGCUCAUGUAAGAUUCUCCCUGAUGGGCGGACACUCAUCGUUGGAGGUGAGGCUAGCACACUGUCAAUCUGGGACUUGGCCACACCCACUCCCCGCAUCAAGGCGGAGUUGACGUCUUCUGCCCCGGCCUGCUACGCUCUGGCCAUUUCCCCCGACAACAAGGUCUGCUUCUCCUGCUGCAGCGACGGAAACAUCGUAGUCUGGGACCUGCACAACCAGACCCUGGUUAGGCAGUUCCAGGGCCACACUGACGGGGCCAGCUGUAUUGACAUCUCCAACGAUGGGACCAAACUGUGGACGGGAGGGCUGGACAACACAGUACGCUGCUGGGACCUGAGAGAGGGACGACAGCUGCAGCAGCACGACUUCACCUCACAGAUCUUUUCUCUGGGCUACUGUCCUACAGGAGAGUGGCUGGCAGUGGGCAUGGAGAGCAGUAAUGUAGAAGUGCUGCAUGUCUCCAAACCAGACAAGUACCAGCUGCAUCUCCACGAGAGCUGUGUGCUCUCCCUUAAGUUUGCCUCCUGUGGCAAGUGGUUUGUGAGCACAGGGAAGGACAAUCUGCUGAAUGCAUGGAGGACGCCAUAUGGAGCCAGUAUUUUCCAGUCCAAGGAGUCCUCGUCUGUGCUGAGUUGUGACGUGUCACCGGAUGAUAAGUACAUAGUGACUGGUUCUGGAGACAAGAAGGCUACCGUGUAUGAGGUGGUCUACUGAGAACAGGAAAUAAGUGUGUGUGUGGGGGUGGGGGGGGGGGGG